CCCUCGUGUUUGUAACAAAUUGUUACAGGGGACAAGACAGCCAUGGCAGAUCCUGCAGAACCUCAAAAACCAGCUGAUAAUCCUGAGGAAGUUGAAGAAGUAGAAGAGGAAGAGGAGGAGCAUGGAAAUGCCCCAGCUGAACUGGCCAGUCAGUUGAUGCAGAACCCACAGGUUUUGGCUGAUCUACAGCACCGCCUCGGGAGGAUGGUGGGGGCAAGUUCUGGCUAUAUACAGAGCUUGCCAAAGUCAGUUAAGCGUCGAAUCAAGGCCUUGAAAAAAUGGCAGUUUGAGGCAGCAAAGAUUGAAGCUGACUUUUACAAAGAAGUUCACGAGUUAGAAUGUAAAUACGCAGGCAAAUAUACACCAUUGUUUGAAAAGAGGAAAACUGUUAUUACGGGUAGUGUAGAACCAACAGAUGAAGAAUGUGAUUGGCCGAGUGAUGAUGAAAAGGAAGAUGAACAAUUAUCGGUAAAGAAUCCAGCGGAAGAUAUGAAAAAUAAAGCAAGUGUAGAGGAAAAAGAAAAAGAUGAAGACAAAAAGGAAGGAGAGAAUGUAAAAGGAAUUCCACACUUUUGGUUGACAGUGUUCAAAAAUGUAGAUAUGUUGUCAGAAAUGGUUCAGGAACAUGAUGAACCUAUUUUACAGCAUCUACAGGAUGUUCAGGUCAAAUUUUCUGACACAGACUCUAUGGGAUUUACACUAGAAUUUCACUUUGAACCGAAUGACUAUUUCUCAAACACUGUCUUAACGAAGCACUACUCAAUGAGAUCAGAGCCAGAUGAGGAGGACCCAUUCUCUUUUGAAGGCCCAGAAAUUGUCAAGUGCAAAGGUUGUGAAAUAGAUUGGAAGAAAGGUAAAAAUGUGACAGUUAAAACGAUAAAGAAGAAACAGAAACAUAAGGGGAGGGGAACAACCCGGACAGUGACAAAGACUGUACAAAACGAUUCCUUCUUCAAUUUUUUCAACCCUCCACAAGUGCCAGAAGAGGAAGAAGGAGACAUGGAUGAAGAUCUUGAAGCACUGUUAGCAGCUGAUUUUGAAAUUGGACAUUUUAUAAGAGAAAGGAUUGUUCCCCGAGCAGUGUUAUAUUUCACAGGCGAGGCACUAGAAACAGAAGAUGAUUUUGAUGAAGAGGGUGAAGAGGAGGGUGAGGGAGAGGAGGGUGAUUAUGAUGAGGAUGCUGACCCCGACUAUAACCCCGCGAGUGAUCCCAACAAACCAGCCGAGUGCAAACAACAAUGAUAAAUUCUUACUAGGGACAAAUUAUUUUUACCAUUUUCUGAAGGCUUCUUGGGUUAUUUGUGGAUGUAAGACAGAGUUACAAGCGAGAAUCUCUACCACAUUUAGGUCUAUUGCAAUUGGUUAAAAUAUAUUCAAGUCAGGAAAAAAAAAGAUAAACUGUUAUGUAUUUCCGAUUAAUGCCAAGUUUCGUUUUUGUUCCGAUCAAAUCGCUGUAGAUAUUGCUGGCUAUUGUUAUUCAGGUGAAUUCAGGUCCAUCAGGAACCUCAACUCUUACAUGCUCAAGAUAUCAAAUGCUAGUAUCGCUUACCUUCCUUGUUUGCCAGGGAGAAAUUUAGAACAAGACGCACAACAUUCUUUCCCCUUAUGUUUGUGCUUUUUCAUCAAAUGAGUGAAACAUGUUGAUAUAUUUUUCUGCUUUGUUCAUGAUGAGUUCAAAGACCUCGGAUGUAUACAUGUAUAAAUAUAAUGUAUGAAUAAUAAAUAAUCUGUGAUGAUCAACGUCAGAUUCCAUAAUUAGUCAACUUAUUUCACAAAGAUGCAUGUUAAUGUUAUUGUCUAAGAAAAUAAAGAAAAUCUACUGUU